UCGGACAUGGCGGACGAGGAGGUGGCCAAGCUACAGAAACAUCUGGCGCUCCUCCGUCAGGAGUACGUGAAGCUACAGCAGAAGCUGGCAGAGACGGAGAAAAGAUGUGCCUUACUUGCAGCCACAUCCAAUGCUGGAAAUUCCACUGACUCCUUUAUUUCCAGAUUACUUGCUAUUGUCUCAGAGCUUUAUCAGCAAGAACAGUACAGUGACCUGAAAGUGAAGGUUGGGGAAAAACACCUCCAUGCUCACAAGUUUGUGAUGGCAGCACGCAGUGAUGCCUGGAGCCUUGCAAAUCUUGCUUCUACCCACGAGCUAGAUCUAUCAGAUGCUGAUCCAAAGGUGGCCAUGUCGAUGCUCCGAUGGGUUUACACAGAUGAUCUGGAUCUGAAAGAAGAUGAUGUGUUCCUCAUUGACCUGAUGAAAUUGGCCAAUCGAUUUCAGCUGUUUCCACUCCGGGAAAGGUGUGAAAAGGGAGUAAUGUCGAUGGUUAACGUUAGGAACUGCAUCCGGUUCUAUCAGACUGCAGAGGAGCUGAAUGCUGUUGCAUUACUGAACUACUGUUCUGAAAUCAUAGCCAGCCAUUGGGAUGACCUGCAGAAGGAUGAUUUCAGCAGCAUGACUGCUCCUUUAUUAUACAAAAUGAUUAAAUCAAAAACAGAAUACCCUUUGCAUAAAGCUAUCAAAGUGGAAAGAGAAGAUGUUGUAUUUCUCCACCUUAUUGCAAUGGAUUCUCAGUUGCCUGGUAAACUAAAUGAACUUGAUGAUAACGGAGAACUGGCCUUGGAUCUGGCUCUAUCUCGACGGCUAGAGAGUAUUGCAACAACGCUGGUUAAUAACAAAGCAGAUGUUGAUAUGGUGGAUAAGAAUGGCUGGAGUUUACUUCACAAAGCUAUCCAAAGAGGUGAUGAAUUCUCUGCUAGCUUCUUGAUUCGGAAUGGCUCUUGUAUAAAUGCAGCUACGUAUGGUGAGCAGGAGACAUCACUUCACCUUGUGGCCUCAUAUAGUCACAAAAGCCACUCGUCAGAAGCAAUGACAGGAAUGGCACAUAUUGCACAAGCACUUUUAGAAGCAGCUGCCAAUCCUAAUAUGCAGGAUAGCAAAGGACGGACACCUUUGCACACGUCUAUAUUGGCAGGAAAUGAGCAUGUCUUCACACUGUUACUGCAGUCUAAACGAUGUGACUUGGAGCUGAAGGACCAUGAAGGAAAUACUGCGCUGUGGCUAGCACUUCAGGAUAUAACAGUGGAUUCUGAUCAGUCAGUGAAUCCUUUUGAUGAUGUUCAGGUUGUGAAUGGCACAUCGUUUGAUGAGAACAGUUUGGCUGCAAAACUUAUUAAAUGGGGCAGUAAUCCAGAUGCUCCAGAUGCAAAAGGAAAUUGUCUGACGCAAAGGGCAUCGGAGGUUGGAAAUGAAGCUGCUGCACUUUUCCUAGUUGCUCAUGGAGCCAAAGUUAAUCACGCCAAUCAGUGGGGUGAAGCACCACUUCACACGGCCUGCCGAUAUGGCUUGGCAAACCUCACCGUGGAACUGUUACAACAUGGAGCAAAUCCCAAUGUCCAAACAAAACGACCACUUCCCACUGGUACCAGUCUGUCUCAAGAUACUGCUGAUGGCCUUCACCUGCAGACUCCGCUUCACAUGGCAAUAGCAAACAAUCAUCCGGAUGUCGUGUCUGUGAUACUGGAGCAGAAAGCAAAUGCACUUCAUGCAGCCAGUAAUCUGCUGAUUAUUCCUGACUUCAGUCUCAAAGAUUCCAGAGAUCAGACUGUCCUAGGACUAGCUUUGUGGACAGGCAUGCAUACAAUUGCUGCACAGCUGCUAGGUUCAGGGGCAGCCAUUAAUGACUCCAUGUCUGACGGUCAGACUCUACUACACAUGGCAAUUCAGAGGCAAGACAGCAAAAGUGCCCUCUUUCUUCUUGAGCAUCAAGCUGAUAUAAAUAUUCGAACUAAGGACAGUGAAACAGCUCUUCAGUUAGCCAUCAAAAAUCAGCUUCCGCUUGUGGUUGAUGCUCUUUGUACCCGUGGUGCAGAUAUGGCAGUGCCAGACGAGAAGGGCAAUUCACCUCUGUGGCUGGCCCUGGAGAGUGGACUUGAGGACAUCGCUUCCACCUUGGUGAGACAUGGCUGUGAUCCAACGUGUUGGGGUACUGGUCCUGGUGGAUGCCUACAGACUUUGUUACACCGAGCCAUUGAUGAAAAUAACGAGAUUUCUGGUUGUUUCCUCAUCCGCAGUGGAUGUGAUGGUAACAGUCCUAGACGACCAGGGCCAAAUGGUGAGGGGGAUGAGGAAGCCCGAGAUGGUCAAACACCAUUGCACAUGGCAGCAAGCUGGGGCCUUGAAGAAGUGGUACAGUGCCUUUUGGAGUUCGGUGCCAAUGUGAAUACUCAGGAUGCGGAGGGAAGAACUCCAAUUCACGUUGCCAUUAGCAACCAGCACAGUGUUAUAAUUCAGCUUCUGAUAUCACACCCUGCCAUCCGGUUAAACAUUCGGGAUCGCCAGGGUAUGACGCCCUUUGCCUGUGCAAUGACCUACAAGAACAACAAGGCUGCAGAGUCGAUCCUCAAACGAGAGCCAGGAGCGGCUGAACAGAUUGACAAUAAGGGGAGGAACUUCCUUCAUAUUGCUGUGCAAAACUCUGACAUUGAGAGUGUACUAUUCCUGAUUAGUGUGCAGGCUAAUGUGAAUUCACGAGUCCAGGACUCAUCCAAGCUUACACCAUUACAUCUGGCUGUCCAAGCAGGAUCUGAGAUCAUAGUCCGGAAUCUGCUCCUUGCAGGGGCCAAAGUGAAUGAGUUGACAAAGCACCGUCAGACAGCCCUCCACCUUGCGGCUCAGCAGGACCUACCAACUAUCUGCUCUGUGCUGCUGGAGAACGGUGUGGAGUUUCCUGCUGUUGAUGAGAAUGGGAACAAUGCCCUUCAUCUGGCAGUUAUGCAUGGUCGCCUCAGCGUGGUGCGUGUUCUCCUAACGGAGUGCAGUGUCGAUGCUGAAGUUUUCAAUCUGAGGGGACAGUCACCUAUGCACGUAUUGGGACAUUAUGGGAAAGAGAAUGCAGCAACUAUCUUUGAACUCUUCUUGGAAUGUAUGCCUGAUUACCCACUGGAUAAGCCAGAUGCUGAGGGGAACACAGUCUUGCUUUUGGCCUACAUGAAGGGAAAUGCCAAUCUAUGUCGAGCCAUUGUGCGAGCUGGAGCCCGUCUUGGUGUCACCAAUAACCAGGGAGUCAACAUCUUUAAUUACCAGGUGGCCACAAAGCAGCUGCUCUUUCGGCUUCUAGACAUGCUGUCCAAGGAGCCUCCAUGGUGUGAUGGUUCCAACUGCUUCGAGUGCAUUUCCAAAUUUGGAGUGACCAUGCGCAAACACCACUGCCGCCACUGUGGACGAUUGCUAUGUCACAAGUGUUCAAUGAAGGAAAUUCCGAUCAUCAAGUUUGAUUUGAACAAGCCAGUGAGGGUGUGUGACAUCUGCUUCGACGUCCUGACACUGGGUGGAGUCUCUUAGUACUUGAUAGUGGCUCUGCUCUUCCGUUUUGUGUUUUACCAGCACUACACAAUGCCUUUCCAGCAACUGGAAGCUCCAAUUGGACUAGCACCUUUAAAGAGAAGUCUAAACACUUGAAGAUUGAAUUAUAUUACUGGGUUUGAAAUUACGUUGUUUGAUUGUAACAAUGGAUUUGGUAUUACUGAAUGAACAGAUACUUAGCCAGGUGAAUCGUGCAGAGUUGACUGCAGGUGCUUCUGGCUGGGGUUAGUAUGACCCUAUUCUUACAGGGUUGUAUGGUAGAAAUAUUCAGGACCUGGUGUUGUUUCAAGUGAACACCCUUCAGUUCUGUUAAACCGUAUUUUUAAAAAUCUUCCUCAUUAAUCAGUUGUAAUGCUGUUCUUCCUUCUCCUGCUCUGUUCAGAAUGUAUUCUUAAAAGCCCAUGUGAAGUUAAACGUGGAGCAGUAUAGACCAACUCAACCCCUAUUGACUGUCCACUUCUCCACAUGGACUGUAUAUGGUAACUACUUUAAUAUUUAUUUCUGUUAAUCCUGUACACAGAUGACAGCAAUUGACUUGCUGAUCUAGAUCUGUGGGAAGAAAUUGGUAACACUAAUUUAUUGUACCAGUUGAAUGGCUAUCCAUUUAAAAAAGGGAAAUGGCGCAUAUUUGAACCAAAUGUAUAGCCAUCUAUGUGGUAGAAUAUGGUCUCUUUUAAACUGGAACAACAUAGAAUAGCAUUUUAAAUCUGCUUAGUACAGUAUCAAACUAGUACAUUAUCAGACUAACCUUUGUGAAGCUAAUUCUGCGUAUCAUUGGAACUGAACAGAAUUUUCAUAAAUAUCCCAGUUUUAGUUCAAUAGGUCCUUUUGAUUAGGUUCCCAUUAUAUGGAAAAGUACAGACUGUAUGUGGCUUAUUCUACUGUCAUAACAUCCCGUAAUUAAUGUGCUCCUACUGGAAUUCUGGGGAUUGUUUGCUAUGAAAGAUUUGUAUCCUGCUACUGCUGGCUGCACACAAAGAACUGAAUAGCGUCAUCUCGGAAGCUUUAGUCGCAAAAGACUCAAGGAAGUCAUUUGGUAUGUGUGAAUAAUAUUUGGACAUCCCCAAAGGAGAGGAUGUUACACCUUGAUAACCAUUCUACCAUAAAGCCACUAGUUCAAGGAUUGCUGCAUAAUGUGCAGUGAAAAUUGUGUAAAACAUUUUAACAUGCUGUACUUUGUGCAGUUUGUGCUAUGCUAUAUAAUGCUCUAAAGUGUUUUGGCAAAGUUUCCUGCUUCAUUGCAUUGUACCUAACCCAUUUGAAUAUGAAGCCUGAUGCUCUGGGGCUGAAUAGUUAAUACCCACAUUGAUAUCCCAUGUAUAAUGUUUACUAUUAUUUGCUCUGCUCAGAUUGACAGGUUGAAGGGUAAAUUAGUCCUUUUGGAAAGUUGUAUUUGUUUUUUGGUUGAAGUCAACAACUCGUACUGAAUAACAUUCCAUCUGUAAUAUGAUGUUGGUGCAUUUGUAAUGCAGCUUGUGUGCUUUGUGAAGCUGCUUAUAUAAUUAAACUAUCAGAAUCUUUUGACUAACAGCAAUUGCUUUGAACUAAUGUGGUAGUGUUGAAUUCCCUUUGAAAUAAAGUUUAAUAAUGGGGUAGAUUCAGGACACUAUUUACUUGACUUGAAUAUUUUUCCUUCAUUGGCUAAACAAACUGUACUACCAGCUUAUUUUACUAAAUUACCCAGCAUUAUAUUCGUGUUGAGGCUUGCCAGAGACAAAUGCCAAGCUCACUUGAUUCAUGCGGAGUCAUGAUACAACAGGUCCAUUUUAGUAUAUUCUAAGAGCAUUUGAUUUGAAGUAACUUUUAUCCAAAUAGUCACAGUGCUUUGAUGCAGAUGCUGGCCUGUGAAACUGCAUCUAAUAAAAGUGAAUGGUGUAGCAAAAAUCACAAGAUCUCUCAUUUCAUCCGACCAACAUACAGAAUUUCAAGACUGAUUUAAUGCCUCUAAAAUGUAUUCUGCUGUCUAUUGAUGUGGCUUUCAUUUAGAUUGAUGAACAGAAACAGUUGAUUUUUGCAUCAUCGUUUGAAAGGGUAAUCAGUUAGCUUGUGGACAUUAGCAUAAUCAACAUCCUCAGUUACUGUUUGCUGUUAGCAGACAGAUGAAGUUUGUAGCCAGUCCAGAGGGUGGUAUCUUGGUCUGAAUGACUGCCCAUUAGGUCAGCAAUUGCUUAUGGAGCUCAAAUUGCAGCAAAAGCACCAACAUCUUAUUCCUUCUACUCCCUGCUGUUGCCAGUGCCUUUUGUCCUUGGUCUCCUGUGUAAUGACUAGUGUCAAGCCACUGAGGACAGCGUCUUGCUAAAUAUCAACGUCACAUGUUCACCAAAUGUUCUCCAGUGAGCAGUGCUCUACAAACAAAUUCACAAAUAUUAAAUUUACUUCAAAGAACAAAUCAAUACUGUAUAUAGAGAUCUGUUUGAAUAGCAGUGCCCAUGAGUUAGGAAUUUGGCUUUUUCUUCAUUUUUCAGUAUUAGAAGAUACCUGUUUUGCACUUACAUUUAAACUUGUCGCACAAUUGUCCUAUAAUAGUGUGUUUAUGUAUGUUUACAGUGUAUAGAUGAGUAAGUCUGUGCAGCAACAUUGAUCCAGUAUGUUGCUGCCAGUGGUGCUUGAGGAUAUGGUAAUCAAUAUAACCGUCUUUGGGAACAGAAGCCUGCCUCUAAUUCUAAAUAAAGUCUGUAAUUCUCAGUUAUAGCAUCAAAGGUGGUCGCGGACCAGCAUCAAAAUAGAUGUGGCUUGAGCCAUAGAUCAGUGUUACUUUAAUGAGUAAACCUGUGAAAUGUCAGAACAGCUAUACAUGUCUGUGUGCAUUGGAAACCACAACAAUCAUGUCUUUCUUAUAUAUUUAGACAGUACAUUUAAUAACUUGUAUAUGAUUACCUAUGUUAUAUGGAAAAAAAUACAGAUUUUGCAGAAUUGCAGUUAUUUCCUGUUCAUUUGAACAGUAGACUUUACACAAUGCUUGCAUUUGGCUGGGUGUCAAUCUGUGCCAGCAUUCAUUGGAGCUGGGAUCAAUAAUUAACCUUAGCUGUGAUUGUGUGAUGGUUAGUACAAUCUCUCCUGAAGGAAUGGAGUAAAAAUGGGUGCACAUGUGGCAACAGACUACACACUUGUCUGGAAAGAUCUUGCUGCACCAUAUACCACAAAAUCUAGGCUGUUAUUCAUUAGUUCUAUGUUGUUCCAGAGAAAAAGGCACCCAAGUGGUUUUCAAAUAAGCAGGAAAAUGGGGAUUUAAAGGACCAAUUUUUUAAAAUGCUAGUUCUAUUUAAUGUAAUGGAAAGAUACUCAGAUCAAGCUUUACUGAAAUUCAGCUUGAAGUUAAAUAUGUUAGUAUAGUAGCAACUCUGAACUCAAACCUCCGCUGCCUUGCAGCUGUACCCCAAAAGAAAAAUCGAGAGCUGGAGUCCUUAAGGCAGUCCUACAUUGAGUCCUGUGCUGCUGGUACCAAACUGCCGUUCCUUUGGUUUCAUCAGAUAUGUAGAGAAGGGGAGUUUGCGCUCCAUCUUGUACUGCCCAAGCUUGCGUAGCUACUCCGCUUGGAGGCAAUAUCCAUGGUCUACUCUGACCGACUGAGGCCCUCACUUCAUAGUAGCAAGCCUCUAAAUUUGAGUAUGGUUCAGUGCUAAUGUUUGAAGUACUCAAAAUGCCAGCUUCAGCAUAAGCCUGGUCUAUCAGCACAGGUCACAGAAGCAUAUAACAACCCCCAGAACAUUAGAUGUGAAAUCUGAUGCCUUGACCAGAGAUUAUUCUGCAGAGUGAAUUACGUCUAACCAUUAGCGAACAUUGUUUGCAAGACUUGUGCAGAGGGACUGUUCUGUUCCAUCAUUAAUGCUGACAAGCUUCUGAAUUGCUUUGAGAUCAUGAAAUAUGCUAUACAAAUGCGAGCUCAAGCACGAGUAAAUUUGUAAAUGGUAUUUGACAAGGAUGCAUUCGCAGUCUUCCAUCAGUGAUUAUUGCAGGAGGUGUUUGAGACCAGAAAUGCUGUGCUGAGCGUGCAUGAGUUGUUCCAUUCAAUACACACUAUUCAAUAACUUAUUAAUAAACCAAAGGCAAGCCCUGCAGAUGCUGGAGAUCCAAAAUAAAAAUAAAACUGGAAAUCAGACUAGCUGAGUAUUUCCAACACUGAUCAGAUUAUUACCUGUGUACCAUUCCCCCAACCCAUUAACUGGUCAAAUGAUAAUCUACUAGGUUAAGGGAGCACACAUCACAUAAUAAAGCAAUUUUUACAUUUGCUGUACUUCUGCAAAGGAACCCACAACUAACAGACAUGAAACUAUUACAUGGCUAUUCACCUGCAAUUGCAGAUGAUAAUCACUGCUAUGAUUGUCCAGCUGGAACCUGAAAGGAGAAAAGCACAAUUCAUAGGGUGUUAACUUUGCCCUGAAUAUGGCAUCCACACAUCUUGAAAAUGAAGGGGAGGUUAGGAGGAAUUAAUACUGUAAGUUUUUAACAUGCCCAAAUUUUAACUGUACAAUUCAGCUCGAUCUUGCUCUUGAAUCAGUUUUCUAUUAAACUUUUUUUAAGUUGCUACAAAACUAGCA